AUGGGUGACUUGGAACUCAGUUUAGACGAUAUUAUAAAAAAGAAACUUAUCAAAACCGGGGUAAAACGAAAUAGAAAUAAUGGUGGAGCUGUUAAAAAAACACUUCAAAAUAAUCGAAGUCCCAAAAAUGCCACAGGUACCGCUCUAAAUAAAAAUUCAAGACUUGCAGCAAACAAGCUUACGUGGGGGCAAACUACACAGUCAAACAUUGGAGAUGCCAGAAACAAAAUAAUACAAAAACAAAGACUUAAAAUGACCGAUGCUAGAGAAAAACUUGGUCAAAUAGCCAAGCAAACUGAUGCUAGAGUUCGAUUAUUAAAAUUAAGAGAGCGUCAAAGAGGUACAUUAACAGCGAGCGUUCGAAAUCCACAAUCUCGCGUUUUAUCCGAACCCGGAAUUUUACAAAGAACUGUACAACCCAGACUAAAUAGUUUGUUGCAUGAAGAAGAAUUAAUGGAUUAUAGCGAUGGCAUCUCUUAUCUGAACAGAAAUUACACAGAAAGAAUUACAAUGGAUGAAGAUAUGUAUGAUUAUGCCUUCAGAGGAAGGCAAGAAGCUUCAGUUUUAUAUCGAACAGUCGAAAAUGACUUACCUCAUAACAAGCUAUUCGAAUCAGAUAAAAGCUAUUCUUGGUCUAAGCCGACAAUAUCAAAUAUAAAUGAAUACUCAGACAUUCCAACAUCUAGAAUCACAAUGGGAAUGAAUAGAAAUUUAGAACCUAGAGGAUAUUCAUCAUCUUGGGAAAUGGAUGACACUCCGAUUGUUAUAACGAAAAAAGUUAAACCUCAAGAAACAGUCGGCAUAUUAAAGAGUGGAAACAUUUACGAUGAACAACCGAUUAAAAUAAUAAAAGAAUCUCCACCAAUGGCAAGAAGUAAACCUCCUCCUAGAACGCUAAGUGAAAGAUUUUGUCAAGAAGGCAACAUGACAACACAAAAAGCAAACAUGUUAAAAUCAAAACUAGAUAUAAAUGCUAAAAAUAUGAAGAAUAGUUCUCCAGAUGUUCAAGUUCCUAUCGGUCACAGAAUAGUCGUAUCGAAUCUUGUGCCAUCUGUCACACAUGAAGAUGUUAAGGAGCUUUUUGAAGACAUUGGAGAAUUGAUAUCGAGUAAAGUUGUGCGCCCUGGAACCGCUGAAGUCGUUUAUAAAUUACACAAAGAUGCGGUUAAAGCAGUAGACGUGUAUCACAAUAGACAAUUGGACGGUCAACCGAUGAAAUGUUUAUUAGUUAAUAAUAGAUCGACAUUGAAAGGAGGAGUUGAUAGAAAAUUAGGUAAAGCCGUCGUUGAAGUUGACAUGACAGCCUUUCGUAAAGCUCUACAUAAAAAAUCAAAUUCCUGA